AUGUGGCGAGGAACCGGCAGAGGCACCAACACCACCGAAUAUCGCCUGAAGGUCACGGCAGGGCCAGAAUAUCAUCCCUCCACGCACCAGGUUGUUCCUGUCAAUUCAGACAAGACGUUGAGAAUCGAGAACUCGCGUGCAAUCGUCAACACCGUGUCGGGUGAUGACCUUGUCUUCGGAAACGACUUUGAACGGCCCAUUCGCGAUCGCCUUCCCCCUGGCUUCAACACCGCGCUUCGCAUCGUUAAAUGGGCAAUCGAUCCCGCCUUGGACGGAGACCCUUACGCGGACAAACCGUACAUGUACAGUCCCGGUUUAUCAUCUUGGAACUAUUUUCGCAUCGGAGACAAGAUCGACCCGGCGAAAAAAGGUAAGGUGCUCAACUUGCAUAGUGACGUGGUCGAGGAAGGCGCCGAGGGCAGCGGGAAAGAAGUUCGGAAGUCCUUCCAGAUCCCUGACGACCCGGGCCAGCGAAGGAAGUAUUUCCUGGAUGAGGGAAAUCGAAAAAAGUUUGUGUUCGAAGAAGGCAGGAUAUACCUGAUAGAUUUUGGAAACCCUUAUUUGGGAUUCAAUGAUUUCACCCUCCGCCUUCCUGGCUUCCACCUACAAGUAGCCAAGUACAUCGACGAGAAGAACCAUAAGUUGCGAUACACGCUGAAAAACAGACGCACCGGAGAUGUCUACUUCGUCGUUCUCCUCACCCUUCUCGUUCACGACUCCAAGGAAGAACUCAGCGAGAGAACGACUGCUGGGGUCGCGAUCAGAGACGGUAUUGACCGGCAUAAAGAUGGCAAGGAAGGGAAGUUUGACUGGGAAGAAGAUCCCGAUAACAACGAUUGA